AUGGGCCUAGCUCAAAGUUCAAAAGUUGUCAAGCCUAGUCAAGGAUCCAGUUUUGGUCCAGAUAGAGACACCCAGCGAGGUCAGGGCCUAAAAGAGAAAGUUGGACCGCCUGUAUUCAAGAAGAAAAGGCACAUAUCAGCUAGGCCACUGGACAGACUAGCUAGGCAAAGGCCUAACAGAAUCCCAAAAAUGCUUGGACGCACUAACAUUGGCACCAUCUACUUGAAGAAGAGGUGCAUCAGCCAUGCAGAUGUAACCCAAAGAAACUGA